CAUCACUAAGUCCACUCAACCAACCACAAUAGAAACCCCCUUACGAUCAAACCAUCCCGAUCUUUAACAAACAACACAACACCAAAAUGACCGACCACCCCACAACCACAACCACCACCACGACACCAACCACAACCACAACCACAACCACAACCCCCGCACCCGCACCCGCAACCACAACCACACCCCCCAAUCCUCUUCCCCCCCAAAACACCCCCCAAAACACCCCCCAAAACCCACCAACCUCCCACCCCUCAGCCUCAACCACAUCCCCCUCUACAAGCACAGCAACCGAAGCCCGCACAGCCUUCACCGCCACCCUGCGCAGCACCGCGCAAGCGCACGAGACGCACCUGCGCGAGCGCGCCCGGAUCCUGCACGACAACGCCGCCGCCCUCGAGCGCCAGGAGCACGCGCUGGCGGGGUCGACAGCGGCGCUGGCGAAGCAGAACGCCCAGCUGGCCAAGACGGCGGACGCGGCGCGCGACGCGUUGAAAGAGAUCGGGGACGUGCAGAACUGGGCGGAGGUGAUUGAGCGCGAGCUGUUGGUGGUGGAGGAGACGUUGCGGUUGGUUGAGCAUCGUUCGGGGGGUGGGGAUGGGGAUGGGGAGGAUUCUGGGCGGGAGGGGGUUGAUUUUGGUGAUGAGGGGGAUGCUGGGGUUGUGAAUGGGGCUGGGGCUGGGAAGGUGCGGAGAGAUGAGCGGGACGGAGGUCGGGAGGAGGAGGGUGGGGAUGACGACGAUGCCGAUAACGAGAAUCUUGGGAAGGGGAGGGGUGGGUGGUUUCGGUGGUGGUGAUUCUUCUUCAUGGGGUUGGGGUUUGAGUUGGAUUGAGGGGCAAUGUUGGUCGUGAUGAUGAUGGUUGCGGGGUACUAUCUUGUCUAUUUGUAUAUCUGCAGUCAUGGAUUGAUGCAUACACCAUGCAGGUACACAGCACUUACUGACAGUCAUGACCAGCAGUACACACACUACAUCACUACAUGCAUCAACCCUACGUCUGAUCAUCCCGCAACUACCUUGUAUACACCGCAUCCAUUAGUCGCUAGUAAUCACCCAAC